AUGUCUCUUACAGCCCAGGAGCUAACAACCCUUUCUACCAAGGCCAUUGACGCCAAAGCGGCUGCCUACUGCCCAUACUCUAAAUUCCGUGUCGGAGCAUGUAUCCUCACGACGUCGGGCGAGUUCAUCUCCGGCGCUAAUGUCGAGAAUGCCUCCUAUCCAGUUGGAACCUGUGCUGAGCGCGUCGCUUUUGGCACUGCUAUUGUCGCCGGCCACAAAGAUUUUAAGGCUCUAGCGGUUGCCACGGAUGUUAAGCCUGCUGGCUCUCCUUGUGGGAUGUGUAGGCAAUUUAUUCGCGAGUUCACCUCGCCUUCUUUCCCGGUCUACAUGUACGACGGGGAGGGAAACUAUAAAGUUAUGACCGUGGAGGAGUUGCUGCCCGAUUCUUUCGGUCCCGAACAUCUUAAAUAG